AUGUUACCACGUUUUGAUUUUUAUCUUCUUUCUGAAAUUCUCAAUGAAUGGGAGAAUAGUGUAACUAUUCAAUCUUGUUUUUCUAUUUGGCAAAAGUGUAUAUCUAAAAGUGUGAAUUAUAAUACUUCUUCUUGUUCGUCUUCAUUACAAAUUUUAUCUUUUAAUGUGCGUGGUUUAGAAUUAAGAUGGCAAGAAGUUCUUCUUCUUUUAUCUUCUUUGAAAUUGGAUGUUCUUAUUCUUUUGGAAACUGGUCCUCUUGAUUCGUCUUUUUUUGACAAAAUUUGUCAUGGCUUUCAUAUCUUUGCUCAAAAAGGUGAAAAUAAGAAUGGAGGCGUUCUUAUGUUAGUAAAGAAUUUUAUAAAAGUUUCGCGAAUUGAAUGUAAACUACCUAAUGUUUGUGUCGUAGAUGUGAAAGGUGUAGAAGUUGUACGUUUAUUAGGUGUAUAUGCACUGACGAAUAUUCAAAAAGCAGAAUCUCUUUUAUCUUGGGCUGAUGAACAUUUUCUUGCUCCUUUUCUUACUGGUAUGCCAACUUCUCUACGUUCUGAUAGAGAAGUGGACUAUACUUUUGCAAGUAAUAUUAAUAUUACUAUUCAAGCUUAUAGUGGCAAGAAUUCAAGUGAUCAUGUGCCGAUUUUAUCGGUUAUUUCAUUUAAGAUAGAACAAAAUAAUGUAGGAAAAAAUGUUCAUUGGAAGGUUUUUUCUCUUUUUACUGAAUAUACUUUCUCUUUUUGGAAAGGAUUAUGGAACUUUCAUUAAUCUUGAUAAUUUAUAUAAUGAUUACACAAAAUUUUUAUUUCUUCUUUUUGUUCUUUGUACGAUUGUUUUUCCUAUUGAAAAAUAUCGUCCAGCUAUUCCAGUUGAACUCCGU